ACCUGGGCAGACUUUACUUUAAGGUGCAGUAAGAUACAAAUUGUGCUGUAGGAAAUUUAAAAUGUACCGCUGACUGAAAGACUAAGUACACUUCGGAAAUAAGGCUGCCAGGGUGUAAAAGCUUACGACAGAGAUGUGUUAGACGCAUUAAAUAAUAUGCCAUUGGGUGACACUGAAAAUUUAAGUAUAACUGAAAAAGACAAUUUGGUCCAAGGAAAAGAGAACCAAGUAGCAUUAAGAAAACUUAAUCGAAAAAUACAAAAGUUGAAAUGCGUAUAUGGCAAAAUAGUGCAAACCGCAAUUGCUGAAAUAAAAAGUGCGUCUAUAAGUUACAAUUUAACAUCGUUGAUAAAAAAAUAUCGACCUUAUGUGUCAAAAAUGAUGUCCACGCUGAUGACGGCCAAUAUAGUCGCUGCAAAUUGGUUGUGGGAUCUCCUCAUAUUGCUCGUGGCGGCAGAAAAGGUAAACUUGAAAGUUCUAGCGGGUUUUGAAAGCAAAUUACUAUCUAUCUCCGUUCAAUGCAACAGCUUCGUCGAGAAGUGUUACAACUUGACCUACCUAAGCCACAGCAAUUCUUCUGUUAGUAAAGAUCCUAGCCAAGCUUACAAUGGUGUGAUGAAAAUUUUGAAUGAUGAUAUAAAAACUGGAGCCUACAAGAACUUGAACCAAUAUGCAGACGAAUUCGUCAGUACGUCUAACAUUAUGUUGAACCAAUUAAAAGUCGAUUCGAAUCCCAUCAGUAUUAAGCACAUUAUAAAAGAAGAUUUAUGGCGUAAAAUUGCGGUACAACUGGAAAAAAUGUGGGAAACCCCGGCAGAUACAUUAAUUGGAAAACAGAAAGAAAUCAGUCAACAUCAUGACACUAUAAUUGCCACGGUGAAUGUGUCGGUGGCUUACGCCGUCUGGAUUCACCUAAAAACUGUUGUGCGCAACAAAACUAAUUCAGCUACUUGCAAACAGAGCGUGAUCAGACAUUAUCGCAACUUGUUAGAAGUAUUGAGAAAAGCUGUGGCCCAGCUUAGCUUGCAGGAAAAUACAUUUUACCAAAAUCUACUAGAAAGGCUGUCCGAAGAGAAUAUUGUUUUACCUAAAUUGGACAGUCUCGUUAAUGAUGCUAAGGAUAAUUUUUCCACAUCUUUGAAAGCCAUCAUUAUUGUGCAGAGCAAUGCUCAGACUGUAAUUAAUAAACUCGAAAUGGACAGCACAUUGGUUACGGAAUUUACCAACAUCAUCGAAAUACCUGAAAAAGCAUUACAAAACAUUGAUCAGCUUAGAAAUUUCAUAGUCGAUGUAGCUGCUAAAUUAACCUCGUUCCAUUGGUCGUUAAUGAAAUACUACAAACAGUGCUUGUCCGACAAUUGGAUUGGACAAUUUUGAAAACCUUAACUCAGUACAAAAAAAAUCUUUAAACUAUAUUAUG